AUGCCCUCAUGGGGAAGACCACCGGGGGCACGACUGGGGAGAAAUAACAGGGGAGGCCCGUGGGACGGGAGCCGGGUAGAGGAGGUGGACAGUGAGGAGGAUGUCUACGGACGGGAGAUGGUGCGCAGUGGGCGAUACACACGACAACUGGAGUAUGGGGGACGAGUGGCACGCAGGCGUGCAGAAUAUGAAGAGCUGACAGAUGAAAAUGACUCGGUCGAUGGGGGUGAUUUCGAUCUAUACGAUCACGAAGAUAGUACCGUGGCGUACGCGGUGCAACUGGCCAUGCGAGAUAAGGAGGAUCAGUUGGUGGAUACGGCGCUGGAGCGAAUUCGUCGCGCGCAGAUGCUAGGGCAGAAGAACGUCCGACUAUCGAAACGCGAGCUGGAUGCCUUGGAGCGGAAGCGCCAACAGGGGGAUGCAGGAUCCCGGCGGUCCAAACAAAAUACCUCGCGACCGUCCUCUCGGCGCAAUGGAGGCGGAGAACAACCAGCCGCCUAUCCUUCUUUCGCACCAGACGCACAUAGCUGGGCUCGUUCGAGUGUUUCCAGUCGGCCUACCAGCUCGUCCUCUGCGCGUCCGCGGACCCCUACAACACAAUCGCUUCGGCCCCAGCAAUCCAACUCUCCGCUUCGCCCUCCCUAUCCACCAUACACCCCUGAGCGCUUUGCGCCAAAUGGCCGACCACAGUCCAUGCAACAAUCGCCUAUAUAUCCACGGCCACUGCCGGACGACCCCCAAUGGGCGCCACCUUACUACAACCCCAUGCAAAUGAGUCCAUACGGAGAAACCACACCCCAUCAACCGCAACUUCCUUCCGACCUUCGUGUCGGCCCUCAGAAUCGAAUGAGUUUCCCUAGCUCUCCCUAUGCAGCCUACCAGUCCCCCACCCGCAGACGUACAUCACAAAGCUCAACACAGCCUCCAGCGCAACCACAAACUCGGGCUCCAGCUGCGGCUGCGUCCGAGUCUGAGGAAUCCAGCGAAGAAGAGUCGGAGAGCAGUGAAGACGAAGUACAGAUUGUGAAGGCGAGCAAGGUGGCAGAGCGUCCGACGCCGGUUCAGAGGUCAAAGGUGUCUGGGGGGCGUGGUGGUACUCGGAAACGAACGAGUCGUUAA